AUGCAGCAAGAGACUGAAGAAUAUGAUUCUUCAGAAUUCCUUCUGCCUUCUGCAACUUCUGCAAUACAAGCUAAUACUGCUGAUAGAUUGAAAAUGUCUACAACACACACGAUCGUCAGCAUGUCAGACCAGUCCUCCCGAUUGAUUGCAUGUACCCAAUCUUCUUGCAUUAUUUUAGAAAUUUCAGGUGUAUUUCUAUUAGCUCCUAUCGCAGAAGGAAUUCCGAUGAGAAAUCAGAGAAAUUACCAAAUUUCAAAAAUGAAAACUAUAUUUUAUCCACAGAAACAGCAGUAUGCUUAUGCAGGCUACCCAGUAGCACAAGCUCAGCCAUAUUCGGGUCCUUAUUACACGACAGGCUCAGCUUAUGGACCAUACAAUUAUUGAUAUUUCUCUAAAGAAUAAUAUAAAUAGACUGUCCUUCUUUACCAACAGUAAGUACAGUCGUCUUCAGAGAUCAUAUCGCACAUGGACGGUGUCAGCUCCCUUGAUCACUGCUGCAAUAAGAGCUUUCAUACCGUCCAACCGCGACAUGUUCGCUGAAGACGACUGUACCUAUACCUAUCUAUAAUUCGACUAGAAACAUGCUCAUGACAAUAUAAUUAUUCAAUUGACUUGAACUUUCUAGUAUUAGUAGUCUGAAAAUAAUCAACUAGGUUUAUUUGUAUAUUCUCUUCCAUAAUCCCAGCUAGCACAGUGACGUCAGAUUGACAUAAUUUUUUGGUCACAAAAUGACGAAAAGGACGUCCUAAAAUGUCGUCAAAAGUCACAAGCACAAGACGUCAUAUUUAUAGGUAUGUCAAAGUGACUCAUCAAGGACGAAAUAAAACAAUCCUUGGGUAUAUUGAUCAUGUUCUCAAAGUUGAGUUAUUCAUUUUGAGAGCCCGCAGAGUUCGUAAGGGGAAGUCAAUUUAUCAAAAAUCGUUAACAUCAAAGUUGCAGAAUGAUUGCUGUUCAAUCCUGGUGUUAUCAUCACUAGGUAUGCAUCGUCAUCAUCAGUUUUAUGUCAUUCGCUAGCGAGCGUCGGCGAUAUGUAAGCGGACUGAAGUAUAGUUUGAUACGAAAUCCACUGAUUCCUGUUCUAGACCUCCGUAUUACACGUCAAUAUGACGUGAUAGAAUAUGACUUCAUUUGUAUAGGUCAUAAUUUGGUCAGGUCAGGAAAAAAUUAUGAAAAACCAAUAUAUGACGUCUUCUUAAGUCACUCUGCUACCUGGGUUAUGAUGAUCUUAUAUCCAGUCAGACAUUUUUCGAAAUCAUUUAGGGUACCUAAUAUCUAUUUACGUCCACAAGUGGAGAUGAUAUACCAAUACAAUCUACAGAGUGUUGAAAAGUUCGACAGACAACUCUUCCCAGGUGAUAGCCCUCGUAGUUUGGAAAGGUGAGGUAGGGACAUAAGGCUCAAUUUUGGAUUUUAUCGCAAUCAUGCCAUUUCAUCCAGGGAUUUGUGAUACUUAUUCCUCUCAUAUUUUAUACAGAAAUGUGUUCUUCAACUUUGCAUGAAACAAUACCAUAUAUUCGAAAUUUUUUACCUUGAAUUGAAAUUUACUGUCAUUUUUUCAUUUUCAAUAGCAUGAUACUUAUGACAAAAAUAUUUUUCUGGGUGGUGAGUUCAAUAGGUACUGAAAAUGGAGAAAAAUGUCCAAGUAAGCAUCUUUGUGUCAAAUAUUUCCAAAACUCGUCUUCUCAUUCUAGUUGAAAGUAACGUGUUUUUUCAUAAAAAUCUAUUGCGGAAUUAAAAAAAGUCAGAACAAUCGAAUUCUAAAUAUUGACGACACGUGGGGAGGGCCUUAUAUUCCAUAAUCAAAUCACGAUUGCUAUCACCUGUGUGAUGCGUUGUUUUUUGCGUUUGUGAAUGGUUAUAAACUUUUUCAUAGUGUAAUAUUUGGUGUGUAAUAUUUCUCAUAGUUUUUAUACUGUACCUACCUAGCUGUACUUUUUAUAUCACACUUAUAUAUUACGUUUUUGAACUUUGGAAUAUGUUUUGAUUUUCUAGUCUAAAUACAUAUUUUCACUUUAAUGAGAACAUACUGUAGACAUAGAUAUAGUUUAGUUGAGAUAAUUUAAGUUAUAUUUAUAGUGUGUGUGUAUAAAAGUGACUGUAUUUUAUCAUCAGGAGAUACCGGACGAACAAAUAGGUAAUUUUAACAAUAGCUAGGUAUACAUAAUAUAUUUAUAUUUUUGAUAUUAGUAUUUUUUGAUAUUUCUAUAUGCAUAUACAUAGAGUGUUUUCAAAGCUUUGUGAACACCUGGUAGAUAUAAAAUGAGAUUUAUUUAACCCUAGAAUGUAGAAUAAAAUACGGAUAAGAAAUACAUUUUUGAUACCUCCU